AUGGUCCACGAGCAUAAUCUGCUGAGGUUCAGUGAGACACAAACAGCAGAUAUGGAUCGAAGAACCGUGGUGUGCGGCAUGGCCUGUCGCGUUCCAGGCGCGAACAAUCCGAGCCAGCUGUGGGAGAACCUCAUGAACAAGAAGGAUGUGCAAAGACAGGUUCCAGAUGACCGGUACAGGUUCAAUGUCGACACAUGGUUUCACCCUAAUCACUCCAACAAAGGCACAAUAAAUCAAAAGCGAGCCUACUUUCUUGACCACCCUGUCACAGCGUUUGACGCAGGAUUCUUUGGUAUCUCAGGCAAAGAAGCAGAAUCCAUCGACCCGCAGCAGCGGCUGCUACUGGAGGUAGCCUAUGAGGCUCUGGAGGAUGCAGGCAUCACUCUUGACGAGAUAGCUGGCACGCAAACGGCGGUUUUCCAGGGCAGCCUAAGCAAUGACUACGGCACGCUGCUUUGCGACCAGGCAUACUAUCCCUUGCACAGCAUCACCGGGAUAGGUGACGCUAUGCAAGCCAAUCGCGUGUCGUACUUCUUCAACCUGAAGGGGCCAAGCAUUGUGGUCGAUACAGCCUGUUCUAGCAGUCUGGUAGCUUUUCACCUAGCGCACCAGAGCAUCAUCAGUGGGGAGUCCGACUACGCCAUCGUGCUUGGCUCUGCGCUUUAUUUUGACCCAACCACUGCCAUCGUCUUGUCAGAUAUGGGCUUCCUCUCAUCAGACGGACGAUGCAGGUCGUUCGAUGCGGAUGGUAGUGGGUAUGUCCGAGGUGAAGGUGUUUGUGCAGUUGUCAUCAAGCGGCAGUCCGAUGCUGUCCGCGACGGCAAUCGCAUCAGGUGCGUCGUCCGCACGACAGGGUCCAACCACGACGGCACUAAGAAGGGGCUGACGGUGCCCUCCUCCGAGGCGCAAGAGGAAAUGAUACGCCGAACCUAUCAGCUUGCGAACCUCGACCCCGACGACACGCAUUUCUUCGAGUGUCACGGCACAGGAACCAAGGUUGGCGAUCCGAACGAGACCCGUGCCGUGGGCAACGUGUUCGGGACGCAGACCAGGAGUGAGGAUCUGGUCAUCGGCAGUAUCAAGAGCAAUGUUGGUCACCUAGAGGGUGCCGCUGGGUUGGCAGGUUUGAUCAAGACGGUGCUGGCCAUCGAGAAGAGCAGCAUUCCACCUCAAAUGCACUUUGAUAGGCCGAAUCCCGAAAUUCGGUUCCAGGACUGGAGACUGAAGGUCCCUACAGAAAUUCUGAGCUGGCCAGACACCAGGGGCAAGCCAAGGCGGGCGAGUUUGAAUUCCUUUGGAUACGGAGGAGCGAACGCCCACGCAGUGCUGGAGAGCGUUGAAGAAGUGACAGAAAGCUCUGCCCCGGCUGUGAAGGUGAACGGGGCGCCACCGGCUAAAGCUCGACCUUUUCUGGUCCCUAUCUCAUCCCACACAACCGAAACAGGCGAACGUCUGAAGGACGCUCUCCGGGAGUAUCUCACGGUGCGAAAGGAUGGCAACACAAAUAAAACAAACCUUCGCGACCUUGCUUAUACCUUCUCAGCUCACCGCACGGUGCACAAAGUUCGCUCUUUUGCUAUCGCGGCCUCCGCUGAUGAGCUGGUCGCCGAAUUGGAGACGGCUCGUGCUUCAUCAGAAUGGAAAACAGCCACAACACGCUCGUCACAUACAAUACCCCGAAUCGGCUUCGUCUUCACAGGUCAGGGUGCACAAACUUGGGACAUGGGCCGGCAACUCAUUGAGUCCCACCCGCCCUUUCGAGCCACACUUGACAAGUGUGAUGCUGUACUGCAAAGCUUGCCUGGUUCUGAUAGACCGGACUGGUCUAUUGUGCGGGAGCUACUGGGACCACAGGACCCCAAAGACUCUCGCCUCAGUGAGACACGGCUCUCACAACCGAUCUGCACAGCUCUUCAGAUUGCUCUGGUGGAUUUGUUGCGAGCAUGGGGAAUCAGACCGAGGGCGGUCUGUGGACACUCCUCAGGCGAAGUGGCGGCUGCAUAUUCCGCCAAUAUUCUGUCACUUGAGGCAGCUAUGGUUGUAGCUUACUACCGCGGCUACCACAUGAGCCAGCAACAGGCGCCAGGAGGGGGAGACAAACCACAAGUCGUGGGCGGCAUGAUAGCAGUCGGCCUCAGCGAAACAAACACCACUUCUGAGUUGGCCAAAUUUAGAGGUCGCCUUUGCCUGGCAGCUGUGAAUUCAUCCUCCAGCGUCACCGUCUCAGGAGACCUGGAUGCCAUCGAGGAACUGCAUGCGGAUCUAUCAAGCCGUGGGGUGUUUGCGCGGAAGCUGCUUGUCCAGCAGGCGUUUCACUCACACCAUAUGGAGCCCCUUGCACCAGCAUAUGAGAAGGCGUUGCACGAGUGCGCCUUGUACAGAACGGAAACUGGGCCUUGGAAGGUUCGGAUGGUAUCCAGUGUCACAGCCAGAGUCGUUCGCGAUGGAGCUAUAGACGCCACGUACUGGGUUCGAAACAUGGUUGGUGCAGUGCGCUUUGCGGAUGCCCUCACAGGUGUCCUCCUGGACGAUGAUGAGGAGCAGGCCGUUGAUAUUCUAUUGGAAAUCGGGCCGCACCCUGCUCUCAAAGGCCCCUCAGAGCAGGUGGCAUCAGAGCUAAAGCUUGAUGUCUCCUAUCUUGCCUCUCUAAGUCGCAACCGGCCCGCCUUCGAGUGUCUCCUCGAGACGGCAGGCCAGCUCUUCGCCGCCAACUACCCUGUCGACCUCGUGGCUGUGAAUGCGGACCAGACCCAUCCGAGUACCUUUCUUACAGAUCUACCAAGCUACGCCUGGAACCACCGGCAUUACUGGACACCAACGACCCGCGCCAUGCGCAGCACGCAACACAGAAAGCACAACCAUACUAUUCUCGGGACCCCGGUGCCACACUCGACACCACAUAGUAUGCUGUGGCGCAACUACAUCCGUGUGUCCGAGAUCCCCUGGCUGGCUGGACAUGCCAUCGAAGGCGAGGUCGUGUUCCCCGGCUCGGGCUACCUUUCGUUGGCGGUCGAGGCCGCCGUGCGAUAUCCUACUAAUGAGGGAAAGACGGUAGCAAAGGUUGUGUUCAAAGACAUCGACAUCAAGUCCGCCAUGACACUCCGCGACAACGAGGUCGGCACGGAGAUGAUCCUAAGUUUGCAGCCUGCGACGACAUCUGCCAAGGGCUUCAGCGACGAGUGGCUCGAAUUUCAUAUCAGCAGCUUCGACGUGGAUGGCCACUAUUCUGAGCAUUGCCAUGGAUGGAUCUCCAUCGUCGCGGGGGAGCCACAGGCUGUCGAGCUAGACGGCUCGCUGCCUCGGUACCCGUCCGUCGAGGAGUUGAGGCAGAAAUCGACCAACAGGCCUAGCUGUGCUGAUCUGUACCGCCGACUCGAAAAGCGCGGGGUGCAAUACCGCGACGAGUUCAGAUUGCUUAAGGGCGACAUGGAUGACGGCGAAGGCUUUACGGUUGCCAAUCUCGAGUUUGACCCGAGCAUCUACAGAAUCGAGGGCCUGGACGAGGUAACACUUGUCCCACUGGCGCUUCUCGAUGCUGUCAUGCACUCCACGUGGUCCGGGUCUUCUGAUGGUUGGGAGUGGUGGCCGGACGAGGACGGCGUCGGUGUGCCCCGGUCGUACAAGUCUGUUGAGCUGGCGGGCCACCUACUCGCACGCUCGGCUUCUGGCUCAAAUGAGUUGCAAAAUUACACUAUUCGGACGUUUGGAGACAGAGUCGGAUUGAGGACUGUCAUCUCGCAGCUGCUGGUCUCGGAUGAGCAGGGUAGGCUUUGCAUCCACAUGCAGGACCAGGAGAGUACUUUCUUAAAGGAGGAACAAGGUUCGCUUGAGCGGAGGCUCUACUUCGAGCAGAAGUGGGAGAAGUCGGCUGAGUUUGACAAGAUCGUCCCAUCUAUUCUGGAAGAGCUCACUGUGGUUGUUUCUGGCAGUCCGUCGGAGAUGGAGGCCCGGGUCUUGAAUCAAGUCAAAGAUUUCGCACAGAAAAGAGACCAAAUCCGGAACUUGACCACUGUGCAGCUGGGACAGGAGUAUUAUUUUGAAGAAGGGCAUCAGAAUAUUAUUAUUCUUGCUUCAUUAUCCACUGACAUGACGUCGACGGAAGGGUUCGCUCGCUUCCGACAGUUGGCCUUGGAAGAGGAAAAGAACAUGAUUUGGGUGCUUCAGGGGACCUUUAUGGGUGCAACGAACCCAGAGAUGGCGAAGUUCGCUGGAUUCCUGAGAACAGCGAGGAACGAGAACCGCAUGUCCCGACUUGUUACUCUGGAUCUCGAUCCCGACACUCUAGUGACAACGACGCCAGAUGCGGGCGCAGCGAUUCUCAAGGCAUUGGACAAGAAUUUGGAUGAAGAAGAGGUCGCUGUUCGAGGCAACGCCGUAUUUGUUCCUCGGCUUGCAGUAGACGACGAACUCAACUCCAAGCUUGAUGACAGCAAGCCCAGCCGCCAGCCGCUCCCCGACGACACACCGGUCAACCUCGAGAUCGGCCACAUAGGCCGCCUCGAUACACUUUACUUCGCUCCCAAUGAGGACAUGCUCAAUGAGCCUCUCGGAGGUGACCAACUCGAGUUCAAAGUGGUAGCAUCAGCCCUCAACUUCCGCGACAUCGCCAUCGCCGUCGGUCUGAUCCAAGACUACCACUUUGGCGAAGAGUGCGCCGGCAUCGUGACCAAGGUCGGGUCCUCGGUCGACAAGGACAGCUUCAAGCCCGGCGACAGGAUCGUCGUCGCAGCUGGCGAGUGCAUCGGGAACUAUGCGCGGGCCGACGCCUGGCUGGCGCGAAAGAUUCCCUCGGGAGUGAGCGAUACGGCCGCGGCGAGUUUCCUUACCGUCACCAUGACAGCUCUCUACGCCCUGCACCACGUCGCCCGCCUGCAGGCCACCGAUACUAUCCUCAUUCACUCGGCGGCCGGCGGCGUCGGCCAGAUGGCUAUCCAGCUCGCGCAGGCCCGUGGGGCGCGCAUUCUCGCGACGUGCUCGCAGGGAAAGCGAGAAUUUCUUAAACGGCGAUUCGGCUUCUCUGACGAUCAAAUAUUCUCCUCGCGCGACGACUCGUUCAAAGCGGAUGCGCUGGCGGCGACGAACGGCCAGGGCGUCGACGUGGUUCUGAACUGCCUGUCGGGCAGGCUGCUCGAGGCGACGUGGAGGUGUCUCGCGCCUUUUGGCCGCUUCGUCGAGAUUGGCAAGCGAGAUGUUCACGAGAACGCAGGCCUGCCCAUGGAUGUCUUCCGGCGCAAUGUCAGCUUCUCUUCUAUUGACAUGGUGCUUGUCGUCCAGCGAGAUCGGAUCCUGACAGGUCGGCUUAUUGAUGAGGCGUGUGAGCUCGUGUUUGGGGGUCAAAUCCAGGUGCCGGAGAGCCUGCUUGAGGUGCCAUUCUCGGAUGUCGAGAGGGCUUUCAGGCUGAUACAACAGGGGAAGCAUAUUGGCAAGAUUAUAUUGGUUCCCGGGGAUAAGGAUGUGAUGCUCAAACCCAGGGGCUAUCAUCUUUUGGCCAAAUUGUUCGACCCGGACAAGAAGUACCUCGUUGCAGGAGGACUAGGUGGCCUGGGUCUGAAGCUUGCAGAGUGGAUGUACUUCAAAGGAGCCAGGAAAUUGUCAUUCUUCACCGUGUCAGCCCUCAGUCCGAAAGGCGAGCUGAGAGCAAGCGCACGGCGCACCGUCGCCUGGCUGAAGGAGCGCGGCUGUGAGAUUGAGAUAUAUCGAACGGAUGUGGCCAACCUGGGAGAGGUUCAGAAAGCCUUUGACAGCAUGGGACCGAUCGCUGGCGUGUUCCACCUGGCCAUGGUCCUCGCAGAUGUAUCGCUUCAGGGCAUGAGCUAUGAGCAGUGGGACAAGGUCAUUCGCGUCAAAUGUGCUGGAGCGUGGAAUCUACACCUGGCAACACAAAAUCGCCCUGUAGAUUUCUUCACGUGCUUCUCUUCCAUAUCCACUAUCGUGGGAAACCCGGGCCAAGCAAACUACAGUGCUGCUAACAGUUACCUGGACGGCCUGAUGGAUUGGCGCCGCGCUCAGGGCUGUGUGGGUGCAAGUAUCAAUGUCGCGGCCGUGUCAAGUGUUGGUGUUGCCGCCGAUCUGGGUCUCAAGUUCGAUGAGACAAUCAAUACGCAGGAGUUGAUGCUGCUUGUGGAAGAGGCCAUUCUCAGCGACCGCCGCUUCAUCGCUAGAGCACAAGGAGGCUGCAACCAUAAAGUCGACCGAAAGAGACUCAUUACUGGAGUCAGCGUCGACGGGCUAGCCUCGAAUCCAGAAACAAGCAAGAGACCGCUAUAUCGCAAGCUAUGUGCCAAUAUAGACAUCGGGCAGACCUCGUCGUCUGCGGCGGGGGCCGCUGCCACCCAGAGCCUAGCCAAGACCCUUGCAGGAACCGCGGAUGUAGAAGAGAGAUGCGCACUUCUCACCCAGCGAUUCAUGGAGAAGAUAUCGGCUGUGAUGGACAUCGAGAUGUCGCUGAUCGACCCAGCGAACCCUCCAACUGUGUACGGGCUUGACUCGAUUGUGGCGAUUGAGCUGCGCAAGUGGGUCAAGACAGAGACAAAGAUCGACCUACCGCUCUUUGAAUUGUUGGGAGGGAAGGCAAUCAAGGAUCUAGCUGCGUAUAUCGCGGCGCAGAUCGUCGUCACGACCGACGCCCAGUCGUCUUCGACUGGUCUUGCACCGCGCUCCAAGGUGACAACGAGCGGCCAGCAAGGAAAGACUGCCGGUGGAAAAUCUGCGGCGACGAACGGGACACCGAACGGCAUAAAUGGCAAGACUGAUACCGAGGUCAACGGCCCGAUCAACGGCUCGGUCGACACUGAAGCGCUUCUCGCAUGGUGGUCGCAAUAUCUGGCGGAUGCGCCUACCACGGACCCAUUUGCCAUGACCAAAGCUGAGCCUGCCUCUCAUUCAAAUGAUGCCCCUUCUGGUACGACAUGUACGACACCCAGCUACACGAUCCCAGCGAACCACGUUAAACGCAUGAAACGCAUAUGCAAACAGGACCUCACCAUCGCCUCUCACGGUACCGGGUCGGCAUUGGCACCAACAACACCGUUGAAGUUCAUCUUGGGCGCGUUGUGGGCAUAUAUGUUCCGAAGCAAUAGCGAGCAGGCUGGCGACACGCUGCUCGACGUGGUGACGGGUGGUAUCGAUGCUGAACCAGUGCCGGUGCGGCUGCGCUUGGCGUCGCAGUACAGAAAGAAUGCAAUGACGGUUGGCGAGCUGGUGAGACUAUCUGCACGAGAGCUGGACGCAGCACACGAGCAAUCUUUGGGUCUGGCUCACCAGGCCAUAGAUGAGCAAAUCGGGGCACGGCUGAGGAGGAGGCUUGUUGUGAGGCAAUGCGAGGAGGGCGAGCCGGGAACUGUCGGCAAGUCGGGAGCUGUGCUUGAGAUUGUGAGCAAGACUGAUGGAAUGCUGGGCCUGUCGAUGUGCUUCUCGCCGGAUGUCUACUCCGAGGACCGCGUCAAAGACGUCAUGAGUGGCUUCGUGGUAUUCUUGACUGAUGCAAUCCGGGACCACAGGAGUCCGGUUGACGUGUAA